AGUCGGAGAGAAUUUCCAGGGGAUUCAUUUCGUUCUAUUUUUGCGAGGGAAUUCCUUUUUCAGGAACCCCUUCCCUCCAUCGGCCUCUCCGGAGAGGAAUAGACAGAGAGCGCGAGAUCGAGGCUUUCCUUCUUCCAGGUUGCUACCCGAGCUCCUAAAUGUUGGCCGAUGGCGAUCCUCGUCUUCAGACCAUCUCCGAUGCGAUCAGAGUCAUUCCUCACUUCCCCAAGCCAGGAAUCAUGUUUCAGGAUAUCACUACGCUGCUCCUCCGGCCGAAAGCUUUCAGGAACGCUGUCGAUCUCUUUGUCGACCGGUAUAAAGACAUGAACAUCUCUGUCGUUGCUGGCAUUGAAGCUAGGGGGUUUAUCUUUGGCCCUUCAAUUGCUUUAGCUCUGGGUGCUAAGUUUGUACCAUUGCGAAAACCGAAGAAAUUGCCAGGUGAAGUCAUUUCAGAGGAAUAUGUUCUUGAAUACGGAAAUGAUUGUCUUGAGAUGCAUGUUGGCGCUGUUCAGCCAGGUGAACGUGUAUUGGUGAUUGAUGAUUUGGUGGCAACUGGUGGGACACUUGGUGCAGCUAUAAGACUACUAGAGCGUGUAGGGGCUGAAGUUGUUGAAUGUGCAUGUGUCAUUGGGUUACCUGAGCCAAAGGGGCAGGGCAGUCUAAAUGGAAAGCCGUUGUAUAUUCUUGUGGAGCCUCACCUAUAAGGCCAGUUUCAUGAACAGGUUGUACCUGUUUCAGGUUGUCUGUGAUUCUUCUUGAGCUUGUUCUGUGGCUUACGACUGAAAAGAGAGGACUGAAGAGCGAGAGCAGCUUCCUAAAGGUUUGUGCCAUGAGAGAUCUCAGAAGGGCAGGUGAAUCUGUCUGGCGGUGCAGUGUUCACAAUUGUCUGAUUUGUUGUGGUUCUAUCAACUAUGCUUUUGUGAAAUAUUAAUUUAUGUACUCCUACAGGCAACGAGAACUAUAAAAUUAGUUGAUGAGGAUGGGGAUUUCAGCCGUCGGUUUAGGAUGGCACGCCUAUUUUUCCUAUUUCCAUAGGUAUAGACUGUUUCAGUUGAGUUCUUAAGGACUAUACUUUAUGUAUCUUAAUGUUCUCUGAGUUACCAAUUACUGCUUUAUCA